AUGGUUGGGGCCCCGGUGGAGGUGCUGCGGCUCACCCAGGAGCUGCGCCGAACCGAGCCCUCCCAAGCCUCCCGACGCUUCGCCGCCGCGCGAUGGGCACGCCUGGAGGUGGACCAGGUGGCGUAUGGCGUCCUGGUCAGCGUGUGCGCCCGUGGCCAUUUUUGGGAGGAGGCCCUCCACUGGCUGGCGGAUCUUGCAGCCCAGGGCCUCCGCUCGGAUACGAUUAUCUUCAACUCCGCCAUCACGGCAUGCGGGAAAGGGAGGCAAUGGCAACUUGCACUCUGCUUGCUUGAGGACAUGCAGAGGGAGCUGUACGAGAUGGACGUCAUUUCCUUCAAUGCGGCUAUCAGUGCGUGCGAGAAGUGCGAUCACUGGCAAGAAGCUCUGAGGUUGCUGGAGGUGCUGCCAGAGAAGCGGCUUGUGGGCAAUGACACAACGUACAGCGCCGCAAUCAGUGCAUGUGCAGGGGCCGGGCGCUGGCAAGAGGCUCAGCAUCUCUUGGAAAGCUUGGAUGCUGAGAUUGUCGAGCCGAGCGUGAUUGCUUUCAACGCCGCCAUCACGGCAUGCGAACGCGGGCAGCACUGGUCGCAGGCCCUGUUUCUACUGGACGAGCUGGGGCAAAGAUCGAUGCAGCCCUCUGUAGUUACGUACAGCGCCGCUCUCACUGCAUGCGAAAGGGCCGGGCGCUGGGCUGUUGCUCUGCACCUGCUUGAUGAGAUGCAGCAGAAGGCUUGCGACCCCAAUAUCAUCACCCAGAAUGCGGCGGCUCGCCCAAUCCAGCUUAGCUCCUGGCCAAAGCAGGCCAUCAGCGCGCUGGGCAAGAGCGAAGAAUGGGAGCGGGCACUGCAGACCGGACAGCAUGUAACCACAGAGCUGUUGCCUCUGCAUUCAGAUGAACACCUUCAGUUGUUGGUACAACGCAGCCAUCGACGCAUGCGAGAACGGCGCCCAGUGGAUGCCCUGCCAGACUGGCUUAACCGUUAUUUGCAAUCUUGGCUUUUUUCCGCAGGUUGGAUUGCCUCACCAUUUCUCGCAUCUUCCACUCCGCUACAUUACAUAGUGCCCGUGGGGUACUUUGCUGACAUGAUGGUCUUCCAUGCAAGCUAG